AUGCGCUUGGACAACAACCGAGGUGAUGCUCUUUACACGAGAGCGAUUUGCUACCGCUUGUACUCGACGCUGAACUACAAGACGGGUCUCGAUGUUACGGCUCCGCGGAAACUGAGCGAGAUUAUUUGCUUAUGUUUUAAUGAUUGUCGUCCAUUGCACCUACAACUUUUUUUAUCUCUUUGCAGUGAUCGUGAAGCGGCGGUUAUGCUAUCCAACUCCUGGCUAUACCAUUACUACACCGUCCAGUCCAAAAUGCAGUUCGGGAUCCCCUUUGAGGGAGCCACUCGAAUUCCACCCAACACUUCAUACUACCACGGUCACGGCCAUCACUCGCCCAAUUCCACUCUCCAGGCCCACGGCUACAUUGCCCCUCCCCAUCACGUGUCUUACGGAUACCAUUCUCCGGUGGGGCAAUCCAGCUCAUCUUCGGGGACCUCCCACCAUCACCAUAAUGGAACUUCUUCAUCCAUCAUCAGCCAUCACCACGGUCUAGCGGGAGAACACUAUCGACCGUACGCCUACCGUCUCGAAACGCAACCCGUAGACUACAGCAGUCAACCACCAUCCCUAGUUCCCGGACAAGUACGAUGCGAAAGCACCGGCAGUAGUCCGGGCAAUCAAACCACCAACGGUGGUCCCGACCGAAACGAAACACCUCCAACCAAAAAACGAGCCGUCGGCCGACUAGAACCCAUCUAUAUCCCGGAAAACGGGCAAGACUCGCCUGAGAGCUCCGUUACCGAACUCCAACCACCAAACCAUACCAUCAAUCACGAGCAUCACAACAGCAGCAACAACACCGCAGGCAUCGCUGGUGGAGGCGCCGGAUCCCUAAUCGGAUCCGGUGGAGUCCAAACCAUGACUCUGUCUACCUCACUGCACGCCCGUAGUAGUCGAAUUAUCAAAGCUCCUCCUCCGUCCACCAUCACCGAACCUACCGACUUCAUCGACCAGUGGAACCCAAGUCCGCCUUGGUCCGAUACCACCGUCCAAAAAGUCCCAGACAUCUCCCAUCAGGAGCUCAGUCCUUACAUGACGACCACUCCUCCAACCCCCACAAGCGCCCCACACGUCACCGGUGUCCCCACCACUUUCUCCUUCGACUGGAUGCCGGAACAGUUCGUCCCCAUCAUGACGGACUGUCCACCGCACCCACUGUCCUGCACACUCACCCAAGACGGCAUCCCUGUGCCAAUGUCCCUCCCGAUGCCUGUGCCGCUGCAAAUCCCUCCUCCCCCGUGGCCAUCGGAUCAUCGACUCCUAUCGCUGGAAGGCAGUGGUUCGUCCUCAACCGGUCCUCAAGUGGACCGCAAACCUGCCGAAGAACGGCAAUCGCAGCAUCAUCUCCACCAACACCAACACCAUCCCCAUCUUCAUCAGCAUCAUGCAAGUUCUUCGACCUCCUCCUCGUCAUCGUCGUCCACAGGCCUGGACAGCCAUCGGGAACUCAAACGAUCUCAUUGACACAACAGCAAACAGUAUUCUUUUAAUCCCCCUUUGUGUUAGAACGUUCGACGCAUCGAAUCCAGUAUCAGUAUUCUACUAGUAUUCCUAUCGAGGUACAAAUCACCCAGACGCGUUUAAGUAUUCCGUAAGUAGUUGCAGAGGCUGUACGCCAAGUAGAUUGUUGUUUGUAGUGUAGAUUUUAAGGAAAAGUGUUUCUAUUCUUGUGUAAAGGAGACUCAACUCGGUCCCCCUAGUUGCAAUGUAAAUGUGCAAUUCUGUAAUUAGUAACGAGAGAAAAAAAAAGUGUCCUAAAUUCGUCCAUCAAUCUGAACGAUGGACGAUGACGUUAAACGUGCAUUUCUUCUUCCAAUUGCGAUUCCUUCAGUAGUGCCUAUUUAUUUACCAGCAGUAUUUUUAUUUAUUUAUUUUUAUCGAUGCAUGUCCAGUGAGCAUGACAUUUCUCUGUGAAUAAAUUUAUCGUUUUGUAAA